GAUGCGCGGCCACGAUAAAAUGAACGAAUCUCUCUUUGAGAGUACUCGUUACUCCCGAGUCCUUGUAAGGAUUCGUUCAAAACGAACGAAUCGUUCACGGCCGACACAUCACUAGCACGUCAACAAAUCCCUGUCUACUGGAAAUCCAGAUAAAACCAGUAACAUGCAACUUCCCCAAAAGUAAAACGUUGAUGUCCUGAACGCACGGAAGGAAAAGACGUCUCUCAGGUGAGUCAUGGCUCCAGUCGCGCACAAAAAGCUGACAGGACUUGUUGCAGCUACAUUCACUCCGUUGACCCCCCAAGGUGAAGUCAACCUAUCAGUGAUUGGACCUUAUAUUGACUACUUGAAAGAGAAGCAAGGUGUAAAUAACUUGUUUGUCAAUGGCACCACCGGAGAGAGCAUGUCUCUCAGUGUUGCAGAGAGGAAGAUCCUGGCUGAGGAGUGGUGUCUAAAAGCCAAGGGCAAAGUUGAUCAGCUGAUUGUGCAUGUCGGCUGCAUGAGUCUGAAAGAUUCCCAAGAACUGACUCGUCACGCUGCAGAUAUCAGGGCUGAUGGGAUAGCAAUCAUUUCCCCCUCUUUCUUCAAACCAAGAACUGCAGAGGUGCUGAGGACGUAUCUCCGUGAAGUCAUUUCAGUUGCUCCAACCAUGCCUGUCUAUUACUAUCAUAUUCCAUCUGUCACCAGUGUUGAUGUGCUGGGGAGGGAUGUGUUGGAAGGUAUCCAGGAACUCAUUCCCUCCUUCAGUGGAGUCAAGUUCUCUGGCAGUGACCUGAUGGACUUUGGCCAGUGUGUCAGCUACAGUCAGCCCCACUGGUCUUGCCUCUACGGUGUGGACGAGCAACUGCUUGCAGCCCUGGCUCUGGGAGCACACGGAGCGGUUGGCAGCACGUAUAACUACAUGGGAAGCCAUUUCAAUGAGCUCAUGGCAGCGUUUGAGAGAGGCGACCUUGUCCAAGCCAGAACAAUACAGUUCAAGAUGCAAGAGCUUAUCAGUUACGCCAAGAAACUUGGUUUCGACCUGGGAGUGAACAAGCAGCUGAUGAUCGAGUUGUCAGGCCUGUCUCUGGGGCCUCCUCGACUCCCUGUGAUGCCUUGUGCUCCGAGUGUAGCCCUGUCCAUUGUGCAGAAAUAUCACAGUCUUUUUUCCUAAAUACUGAUUUGUUGAUUGACACGUUAAAUCCCGCUGUCACCUGACUGUCUGUCCAACAGCAGAAAUUCUGAAUCAGACGUUCACGCUUUGCUACAAAUCUUUCCAUUACGUCAGCUAAAUGCUGUAAUUUAGUGGUGCUAUGCAAAUAAUUCCAGGAGCACAGUGAGAAAACAAACAAUUCAGGGUUGGGUAUAUUUUUUAUCAUUUCAAAAUUAUCUAUGAAUUAUACAACAAUUAACAGCUUCUAAAUGGCAUGAAACUUAUAUAUAUAUUAACUACUGCGAUAAAAAACAUUCAUGGGACUUUUGUCCUUUGAUUAUUCUCCUAUUUCUUAUAUACUAUCCUAUAUACUAUAUACUAUACUAAAAAUCCAAGAGGAUUCUCCCUACCCUGUCUAGUGCCCUUGAGCAAGGCACCUUACUCCCCCAACAUCUGCUCCCCGGGCGCUCCACAUGGUCGCUCACUGCUCUGUGUGUCCUGCACCAGAUGGGUCAAAAGCAGAGGAUACAUUUCCCUACCUGCAUGAGUGUGCCUGCAUCUUAAUCUUAAUGGGCAUUAUCUGUUGACAGUACCUUUUCAAGAGUUAUUUUUCUUUUGAUUGGGAAACUUCUUCUCUAUCUCUACAAGUACUGUAAUCACAGCAUUUAUCAUUGUUUAUGGUUUGAUGAAGUUUGAAGUAAAACUAACUUCCAUUACCUGAGGAAAUUUAGGGAACCCAGGACUGUCACAAAUUAGCAGUAUUAUUUUGCAUUUCUGUGCAAAAUCGCUGAAUCUCAUUUUGGGAAUUCAAGCACACAAAGACUCAUUUUGUUGAAAACUUGUUUGGCCUUGAAAAUCCCAGUUAUGGAAAAAACCCAGAACAUGAGUUGACCAUGAGUAGACAAAGGAGCGUCAAAUGCCGAUAAAUGAGAUUCAGCCCUUGUUUGUCUGUUUGUUUGUUAUUAAAUGUAAACUCUUUAAAGGGAAA